AUGGCAUUCCGUUUAGUAGCAGUGGCUACAGCUCUUUGGGGCUAUGGAAGCUCCGCUUCUUCCGAUCCUUGGAUUUUGUCGACGAAUCAAUUCAUUCCAAACCGUUAUCAAAGCUCUCCUUACGUGGCCAAUGGAUACUUUGGCCAGCGGUUACCGGCUGAGGGGAUUGGCUACUGGGUAUAUCAAGAUAAUUCUACCGGUGAUUACCAGCUAAACUCCUGGCCGCUGGAUCAACCAAGAGCCACAUUUGGAACUAUUUCCGGAUUUUGGGACGUUCAGCAGAACAUUACGCACACCAUUGCGCCGGACAACUUGAAACGGGGGGGUGAAUCAGUGAUCAGUGGCAUUCCGGACUGGACAGGUCUUACAGUAACAACGGAGAGCGGCCAGACUUUCAAACCUGGGAUUGACCCUUCAACUGUACAGGGUUUCAUGCAGUCAUUUUCAAUACGCAAUGGAAUUGUCCAAACAAACGUAACGUGGAACCCGCUGAGCGACAAAACUACCUACCAACUCAACUAUACCGUCGUUGCCCACAGAGCCAGACUCAACUUGGGAAUCGUUCGUUUGGACCUCUCUGCCGACCAGGAUGUGAGGCUUAAAAUUACCGACAUUUUGGAUGGAGCUGGUGCUGUACGGGCCGACUUCCAUGACAAAUCGCUGGAAUCAGAUGCAACAAUUUGGACAAGCGUGAAGCCGUCAGGAAUUGACUACUGCACCGCGUAUUUGGUCUCCACGGUCAAAUUUGAGAGCACGAGUAAUACUAGCUUGGAUGACUUGAGACAAGCAUUCGAGACUAGAAAGGACGGUGGGGGGUAUCCCUGGGUCUCCACUAAUAGUAGCACCAUCUCGCAAGUCUGGGACUGGCGUUUGAAGCGGGGAGAUACCCUGACAAUUUACAAGUUCGUUGGCAUAGGAUCUACUGCGGCUUUUCCUACCAACACGCUAUCGAUUGUGAAGGAUGCGGCGAUCUUGGCAAGAUCGACAUCAUGGGAUGAGCUGAUAACCGAGCACACGGAGAAAUGGGACGCUGUUUGGGAUGAUGUCGAUAUUGUCAUUCCGGGGGACCAAGACUUGCAAUUCCGUACACGUGCCUCUCUUUUCCACAUUCUCACCAAUCUUCUUCCUGAAGACGCAGGGUUGGCCGGCAACUCAAUUUCUGUUGGGGGGUUAUCAAGCGAUUCUUACGCUGGUCUGAUAUUCUGGGAUGCAGACACAUGGAUCUAUCCUUCUAUUCUUUCUCUUUAUCCCCAGUACGCCGCGAGCAUCAACAAAUAUCGCGGCCGACUUCUAAAUCAAGCUAUUGAGAAUGCACAGUAUUACAACUUCUCUGGAGCGCUUUAUCCAUGGACAAGUGGCCGGUUUGGCAACUGCACGGGAACGGGGGUGUGCAAGGGUUACCAGUAUCACAUCAACACAGAUAUUGCCUUGGCUCAUUGGCAGUAUUUCCAACAAACGAAUGAUCUGGGCUGGCUUGCCAAAAGAGGAUGGCCGAUCAUAAACAAAAUCGCUGAGAUGUUUGCUGCAUACGUGGUUCAUAAUUCUUCUACUGGAAAAUACGAAACCAUAAAAUUGGGAGAACCGGACGAAUUUGCGUAUAAUAUCAACAACGGCGCAUAUACCAACGUUGGAAUCAAGCAGCUACUCGGCGACUGGGCACCAUCAGCCGCGAAUCGAUUGAACCUAGAAGUUCCCAAAAACUGGUCUUACAUUUCCCAGAAUAUGUAUAUUCCUUAUAAUGAAAUGGAAAAAAUUAUUAUCGAGUUCGAUGGUAUGGAUGGAACGUGGAUGACCAAGCAGGCGAGCACGGGGUUAAUCCAUUAUCCGCUACAGUUUCAAUUUAGCGAUACACAAGCAAGAAACGACGUUGCAUACUAUUCUUCGGUUAAUACGGCAGAUGGCCCGGCAAUGACAUGGUCUAUAUAUGCAAUAUCUGAAGCCCAAUUACAACAGAAAGGCUGCGCUGCUUAUACAUAUCUUCAGCGUUCAUCAGAAUCAUAUAUUCGUCAGCCCUUCUAUCAGUUCAGCGAGACUCAGUUGGAUACGCAGCCACCAGGGGUAGACAACCCAGCGUUCAUUUUCGGAUUGAAUCCAGCAUUUCCGUUCCUUACGGGGGCGGGAGGUUUCUUGCAAGUGUUAACCCACGGAUUGACUGGCAUGAGGCCAAAUAUAAACUCGUUUUAUUUGGACCCUAUGUUACCCCCUCAGCUACCAGAUGGAAUCCAAAUUAAAGGAAUGAAAUGGCAAAAUGCAACGUUCGAUUUGGCCAUUGAAAUGCAUAACACUACGAUCAACCGACGACAGACAAGCUCGGUUGGCAAAAAGCAUGUAAUCUUGGAGAUCUUGGGAGGAAACCCGGCGAUAAAAGAAUAUCGCCUGAGCGCAGGAGAGUCGAUUGUUAUCCCGACAAGGCGUCCAGAUAUUAGCCACGCGCAAGAAGAUUUGGCUCUGUGUCGGCCAGUUGGGUCUGACACUGAGUGGGUUGCUGGGAAUUAUCCUUACGCAAUAGUUGACGGGUCUAAUUCAACCGUUUGGCAGCCCGCCACUCCCCAGAAGGCCUCUGUUGUAAUUGACAUCGGAAAACCACGGAAGAUCUCAAAAGUCAUACUUAAUUGGGGCGCGGUGCCACCUUCUACCUUUAGUCUAUCCGGAUGUGAUGAGGCGAAAAGCGGCUUCAAAGAGCUGUUUCCUACCCAAAAAGUGGAGAUAUCAGCACCAUACGAUGCACAAAGAGCACGAAUUGUCCGAGUAAGAGAAGGUAAUAUGACGGCUGUUGAAUUCGAAAAAUCGAUUCAAUUUCGAUUUCUAAAGCUAGUGAUUAAUGGGUCUUGCGCCUCGAAUGGACUAGGAGCGACAGUGGCCGAAGUGCAAAUCAUAGAAGAUCGAAACAGCAGUUAUGAGAAAGGUUUGAGAAAUAUUGUUUCUUUGCUGGUCAAUAGUCUAUGGAGGUCUUUACUUAGCACUUUCUCUUGGCCACUCUAG